AUGUCUAACAAAGGCCUUGUCUAAAACAAUCCUAGGUUGAGAUUCUUGUGCAACUAUUACUAGGUUAUGCUCCACAACGAGAAGAUCUACAGCUAUUAAUUUUCUGUGGAAGGGAUGGAAGCUGCAGAAGUGAUGAAAAGAACUGGUGAAAUCCUAAAAGCUUGCAUCAACAAACUAAGAGAAGUUUUUACUAAUAAAUUCUUGUUUUAGCACUCUGUCUUAUACUCUCCUGUACAACUACAAGCUAACUAAAUGACAGAAAUAGGAACUGUUGAUACUAAGACUGUGAGCCUCAAACUUUUGGGAGAGGCAAAUAACGAAAGAGAAGUUUAAAACAUUUUUGGACGUCUUAUCAAAACAGUAUUUGCUAAGAUUAAGCUCAAUAAACUAGGAAGAAAGUACUUCGAUCCAGCUUCUCGUAAAGAGUAUAACGAAUAUGAUUUAGCUGUUUUCAGUGGGUAUGAGAGCUCAUUAGAAAAAUACUCAUUUAAUCAAAAACUUCUGAAUAUAGAUAGUUGCUUUAAAGUCUAAAGAACCUCAAAUCUAUUGCAAGCUCUUCAAUAAGUAAAAGAUAGAAAUGACCUUUCAGGAUUUGUAGGUAAUACUGUUAUCACCUCUUACAAUGGUAAAUUUCACCGUAUAGAAUCUAUUGAAAAAGAUAUGUCUCCUAAUGAUGCAUUUGAAGAUAGAAAAGGAACUAAAAAAACAUAUAUGCAAUACUACAAAGAAGCCUAUAAUAUUGGUAACAUCGACCCAAACUAGCCUCUUGUGAAAUGUGUUGAGCUAAAAGGUAAGACUAAGACUCCUUUCACUUACUAUUUGAUUCCUUCACUAUGCCAAGUCACAGGAUUGACUGAUUAACAGAGAAAUGAUUUCAAUUUAAUGAAAAAGCUUGCUGAAGUAACCAAACCAAAAGCCGGAGAAAGAAUUGCUUAAGCAAGCAAAUUUAUUUAAAGAAUAAAAUAAGAUGCAGAUAAAACAUUGAAAGAUUGGUCAGUUGAAAUAUGUGAAAAACCUUAAACUAUUGACUACAAGCAACUUGAUGCAGGUAAUAUGGAAAUGCAACAAGGAAAAAAAAAGAUAAAUGUUGCUACAGGUAAUUUAGAUCGUGACACCUAAACUUAAAUGUUUGAACAACCUUCUCUCAAUAUGUGGGCUAUUAUUUACAGUGAUCGUGACUAAAAAACAUUUGACAGUCUUCUAAGAACAUUUUAAGAGUGCUUAAAAUUCUACAAUUAUCCAUGCAAACCUCCUAAUUGCAUCAGUGUCUAAAGCAGAGGAGCCUAAGAUUGGAUAAAUGCUCUAAAGAAUGCUCCUGAUAAUGUUUAAAUGGCUGUUUUCUUACUCCCAGGAAAGAAAAAAGCAGGAAUGUAUUAUGAUGAAAUCAAAAGAUAUUUCACAAAUGUUAAACCUAUUCCAACAUAAGUUAUUCUUGCAAGCACCGCAAUGAAAGAUAAAGGGCUGAGAAGUGUUGUAAAUAAACUUUUGAUGCAAAUUUGUGCAAAAACCGGUGGUGUUCCUUGGGUUAUGGAUAAUUUACCCUUUUAGAACUUACCAACAAUGGUGGUAGGAAUGGAUGUUUUCCACAAUACUCCUGGAAAAAAAGAAUCAAUUUUCGGAUUUGUUUCAACAGUAGAUAGGAAUUUCUCAAAAUACUACUCUCACUCCCACGUGCUACCAACUGGUUAAGAAAUCACUCCUUUCCUUUAGCAAGUUUAUGAAUAAGCUCUUAAGGAGUUUAAGGAUUCAAAUGGAGUUUAUCCUUAGCAGAUCAUCAUUUUCAGAGACGGUGUUGGUGAAGGCUAAUUUAAUGCUGUAAAAGACAUUGAAAUGCCUCAGUUAAAACAAGCUUGCCAAAAAAUAAAUGGUUGUGAAAAUAUUAAAUUCACUCUCAUUAUAGUCAACAAGAAAGUUGGAGCUAAGUUUUACUAAAGCCAAGAUGGGAAUGUGGGUUCAGCUGAAAACCCACCACAAGGAGCUCUAAUUGAAGAUAGAGUUACGAAGGGAGUUAAUGACUUCUUUAUUGUCAGCUAAAAGACAAAUCAAGGUACUGCUUCUCCUACUCACUACACUAUUAUCUAUAACGAUAUGAUUGAUGAGGCUUUGCAAAAAGAUAACUCUCCUUAAUACAGAGAAUUUAAGAGAGACCUUUAAGUUCUAGCUUUCAAGCUUUGCUUCUUGUACUAUAACUGGACUGGAGCCAUUAAAACUCCAUCUGCAGUUAGGUAUGCUCACACCCUUUCCAACUUUGUAGGAGACAGAUACAAUCCUAGAAAGAACGAUGACACUUUGAUCCAAGCUCACCCUAAAUAUGAUAAAUUUAGAUCUCUCUACUUCAUUUGA